AUGGAUGACUAUACUAUUCUGUCAAUUGCUUUGAGCGUCUUCGCUAUCCUCGCAGGUCUCUACCUGCUUAUGUCCAGUAGCAAGGCGCAGGAAACUGGAUUAGAAGUCACUCAACUAUAUGUCUACCCCGUCAAAGGUAUCCGAGGGACUUCUCUGAAAAAAGCGCGUCUCGGUCCAUAUGGCUUCGAGGGAGACAGGACCUUUUCUCUGCAAAAGGUCAACCGAGAUGAAAACGGCAAUGUUUCCCAUGAGACAAUGUUGAUCGGAUAUCAUUUGAAGCUUGCUCUCUUUUCAGCUUCAGUCGACUACGAUAAGGGCCAGGUCACGGUGAGGUGGACUGGAGAUACAGGCGACGACAGCGUCGAGUUCCCUCUGAAGCCUGCUGUUCAAGGUCGAACGACGAUCGAAACCAGUCUGCAUAACAGCAUGGCCCAGGCUUAUGACAUGGGAGAUGAGCUGUCGCAAUGGUUCUCUGACCGCCUUGGUGACGAAGUCCGACUUGUCUACAUCGGAGACGAGUCAAGAGCCGUCCUGGGUUCCUUAGCUCCUCACAGCUCAGACGCUCUGAAGAAAGCCUCUUUCACCGAGCGUAUCAAGAACAUUCUCCCUCCUUUGUCUCACCCACCUGAGCGUCUAGCCUUCAACGAUCUCGCCCACUACCUAGUCGUCACCGAAGAGUCCAACAACGAAGCUUCAUCCCGUCUUGACGAAGGCUACUCAAUGGACAUUACCAAAUUCCGUCCCAACAUCGUUGUCCGCGGCGCCUCCAAAUCGUUCGCCGAAGAUUUCUGGGGCGAGCUCACUUUUGCAGGUGGAAUACGCAUGCCCUUGACAGCGAAUUGUUACAGAUGCCAGAGUAUCACUGUUGACUACAAUACUGGAAAGACUGCUACUGAUGAUCGCGGUACGGUCUGGAAGAAACUCAACAAGGAUCGAAGAGUGGACAAGGGAGCGAAAUGGAGUCCUGUCUUUGGGCGCUAUGGCUUUUGUUAUGGUGAUGCGACGAGCAAGUCUUUGACGGUUGGCCAGCGAGUUGAUGUCACGCGAAUUAAUUCUCAAAGAACUACAUUUGGCAUGGGCACUAGAUUGGGCGGAAAUUGA